AUGAUCCUCGAGGAGAGGCCGGACGUCCCGGGCGGCGGCGAGGACAGCGCCUGGCUGCAAGCGGCCGGCAGUGGGCGCAAGGGCUGUGACCCGCUGGCUCAAUCGCAGCACAGCCGCCUACAGACCCGCAGGGCCCGUGUCCACCAGCUGAUCAACAAGGAGCUUCGCAUACGGACAGGAGCUGAGAACCUGUACAGAGCAACCAGCAACAGCCGAGUCAGGGAGACGGUCGUCCUGGAGCUGAGCUAUGUCAACGCCAGCCUGCAGCUGCUGAAGGAAGAGCUGGAGGAACUCAACAGCGGCAUGGACACACCCCGGCAUCAGGGGGAAGGCGUCCGCAUCCCUAUGAUCCCUCUGGGCCUGAAGGAGACCAAGGAGCUGGACUGGUCCACACCCCUGAAGGAGCUGAUCUCAGGGCACUUUGGAGAGGAUAGCGCCUCCUACGAGGCGGAACUCAAGGAGCUGGAGGACCUGAGGCAGGCCAUGCGGACGCCCAGCCGGGACCAGGCGGGCCUGGAGCUGCUCACGGCGUAUUACAGCCAGCUCUGCUUCCUGGAUGCCCGCUUCUCCACGCCCGCCAGGAGCCUGGGGCUGCUCUUCCACUGGUACGACUCGCUCACGGGGGUCCCGGCCCAGCAGCGGAGCCUAGCCUUCGAGAAGGGUAGCGUGCUCUUCAACAUCGGUGCUCUCUACACCCAGAUCGGGGCCCGCCAGGACCGGUCCUGCAUCGAGGGCACCAGCCGCGCUAUAGAGGCCUUCCAGCGGGCCGCAGGGGCUUUCAGCCUCCUUGGGGAGAACUUCUCCCACGCGCCAAGCCCCGACAUGAGCCCCGCCACACUACGUGUGCUGGAGCAGCUCAUGAUGGCGCAGGCCCAGGAGUGCGUCUUCGAGGGCCUCUCGCUUCCAGACCCUGCCGCGCCCCACGACGGCCCAGCCCAGCUGCGCCUGGCCCAGGAGGCCGCCCAGGUGGCAGCCGAGUAUGGCCUCGUGCAACAGGCUCUGGCCCAGUCGCCUGCCCAUGACUGCAUGCCCCGCUCCUGGGCUGCUCUGGUCCAGGCCAAGGCUGAGUACUUCCGUGCCCUGGCCCACUUCCACACAGCUGUGGCCCUCUGCGAAAGCCCCUCACCGGCCGAGGGAGAUCUCCCCAUGCAUGAGGUCUUUGGGCCACCUUGGGCCUCUAAGCCACCGGGCCCUGCGCUGCCGCUGGAGCUGGAGGAGUGCAGGAAGCGCGGCAAGGCCCACCUGAGGCGCGCCAUCCUGGGGCAGGAGGAGGCGCUGCGGCUGCACAGUGUGUGCCGUGUGCCUCGCAAGGUGGACCUGCUGAGGGCCGUGGUGGCCCAGGCACUGCGGCACUCACUGGCCAAGUACUCGGAGCUUGAUCGUGAGGACGACUUCUUCGAGGCUGCCGAGGCCCCCGACAUCCAGCCUAAAACCCAUCAGAAGCCAGAGGUCAGGACGCCCAGCUUCUCCCAGGUGAAGGCGGCUGACAUCUUCCACAGACUGGGACCCCUGUCUGUGUUCUCAGCCAAGAACCGGUGGCGGCUGAUGGGGCCAGUGCGUGUGACCCGAGGAGAGGGGGGCUUUGGCUUCACCCUGCGGGGAGACUCGCCCGUGCUCAUCGCAGCCGUCAUCCCAGGGGGCCGGGCUGCGGCAGCCGGCCUCAAGGCAGGGGACUACAUCGUGUCAGUGAACAGGCAGCCAUGCAGGUGGUGGAAGCACGCAGAGGUGGUGGCGCAGCUGCGGAGCGCUGGUGAUGAGGGCGUGGACCUGGGCGUGGUGACGCUGCUGUCCCGCGCCGAGCCACCAGGCACGGGGGACCGCUGGCCAGCCCUGCUGGGCACAGGGGGCCUCCUGAGGAACCAAAAGGAGUGUGAUCGUGAGAUGCCAGCACCCAUCCGGGUCAGCCCCAAGCCUCUCCUUGGCUGGAGCCGCAAGACCAAGGGGGGCAAGGCUGCAGGCUGUCCCCCGUUCCUGGGCCCUGUGGGGACCACCACACCAGCCCCUGACCCUUGUGGGCCACCCUCACCCUCCGAGUGCCCAGGCUGGCCGUAAGGGGCUGGUCCCUCCCGGGGGACCUUCAGGGCACCAUCAGCCCUGCCCAGCCUCCGGGGCUUCGGGGAGGACCCUUGCCUGCCAUUAAAGACCAUCUUCAGAU